CCCCCCGAUAUUGCGGAGUAUUUAUUUACAUCAAAACCAAUAAAUUUGUUCAUAACACUUCCGUUCAAGUGGCCCUUAAGAUAUAGAAAUUGACUAUCCUGUUGCGUCGCCAAAAUUAUUAGUUUUGUGAAGUGUACAUCUAACGCAAUUUUUUUUAGUGCAAGUAUUUUUUGCUGUGAUCAUAUCACGCGACGGUAUAUUAUCUAACUAGCUGUCGUAUUUGGAUGAUUGAAAAUGAUCCCCGACAACGUAACGCUAAUUGUUAAGGCCCCAAAUCAGCAAAUCGAGGACCAGAAUAUUGAGUGCCAAUCUUCGUGGACGGUGAAACAACUGAAGGGCCACCUCUCGGAGGUCUACCCUAGUAAACCGGGUGCAGAUGAACAAAAAAUCAUAUACUCAGGCCAGUUGUUAGAAGACAACACAGUGCUCAAAGAUGUCCUACGAACAUACGAAAGCCAGAUAGCACACACUAUGCACCUUGUGUGCACACCAAAAAGGAAUAUAGAACCUCCAGCACCCACUCCCGAUGGACUUAGACAAAGGAAUGUCGGUGACAGAGCAGAGCCUGUCCAAGUAUCAAGGCCAGAGACAAGACAGAAUGACCAGAACCAUACAGUGGAAAUGCAGAACUAUUUGAGUUCCUUUGUCAACAAUUAUGGUCGGGUACCACCUUACCCGAACAACUACAACAACUUUGGUGGAAGGUUUCUGCCGGUGAAUCCGAAUGAUCCCGCGUCAUACGCCAAUCAUAUGAUGAUGAUGCAGCAAGCGUACUUGCAGUAUAUGCAGCAAUAUGCCAAUAUGUGGCAAGCGACCAACAACGCGGUCCCCGCUGCGCCGCCCGCGCCGGAGACCCCCGCCGCGCCCGAGCCCGCGCCGGCGCCCGAGGACGACGAGGCGCCCCGCGACUGGCUCGACCACCUGUACGCGGCGUCGCGCAUCGCUAUACUGUUCUCGCUGGUGUACCUGUACGGGAGCCCGGCGAGGCUGCUCCUUGUGCUGCUGUUGGCCGUGGCUGGCUACUUGCACCAAAUCGGCUUCUUCAGAGACCUCCACGUCAAUCAGCUACCCAGACCGCAGCCGGUCCCGCGCCCGGCCAACGUUGGGCUUGACCAAGUCCAAGCCCCGGCCAACCAAGCCCCAGCAGACCAAGCACCCGUCAACCAAGCUCCAGUCAAUCAAGCUCCGGUCAACCAAGCUCCAGUGAAUGAACCAGCUGCCCAAGUCAACGUUGAAGCUGUUAACGCUGUGCCGCAGGUAAACCACGCCAGUGAAACCACCCCACCUGAAGACAACCAGCAAUCGCUUUUAGCGGUAACAUGGAUGAUAUUCACCACAUUCUUCGCCUCCUUAAUACCAGAUACCAACUAGUGUUUCGUGAAACUAGUGUGAAUAUAUUUAAGAUCGUCUGUAAUUAUGGGUUACAUACGUUGAAAUUGUAGUUUUUCGGCUGCCUUUAUAUAUUAUGAAAUUUAUGAAGGACUGAAAGCAUUCAGUAGAAAAACUUGUUUCAUAUUUUCCAAAUUUAUCAUGCAUGUGAUAAAUAUGACGUAUGGGAAAUUUGACAGAUUGGAUGAUGUUGGCGCCAUUUUUUUUAAAGUAAUCGGCUUAUUAGAUAUUACAGAUCUAUAUACAAUUAUACGCAUGCAUGUGCAAAAGAGUUGCCAUCGCGUAUAUGCACAUUUCAUAAGUGCGAAAAAGGCAAACUACAAAUGGAAAAAGGAAACCACGUUUGAUGGCUCCUCUACACGUUGGGCCAACGCCGGCCAAUCCAAGGGACGCAUUUAUGCGUUAGAGGGAGCAAGUGAUUUUGCUAUCUCAUUCUACCGCAUGGCUGCGUCCCUUAGAGUGGCCGGCGUUGGCCCAUCGUGUAGAGGAGCCAUGAGCCUCAUACGAUCGCUAGCGGCCACUUUUACCAAAACGUGAAGUUAGCGGACUUGAAAAUACGAAAAUCUGUAUUCAGGAGAUAUAUCUGGGGAUAUUUCUGUAUUCAAAAUUUCCAAUGACAUUUAAUUUGGUCGCACUUUUGAUUUUUGUCAGGCAAUCUUGUACAUUGUAGCUCUGUGUAAGGUUACGGUGUGCCUUUGUCGAUAAAAAGCCUCCUACAAGGCGUUGUAGAGUCGAAGACAUUAACUAAAAUAUAUUAUGUAUAGGUACAUACAAGUACUAAUAUGCGAGUACAACCUAGAGAAAUGAAGUCAUUAAAUUCGCAAAAUUAUACUUUUGAGACUAUACUUUCCAGUCAUUUCAUGGUUAUAAUUCGUUGUGUUUACACGUAAAAUGAGUCGAUGAUUCCGUAUGUGCCGCUUGAUUACACUUUUAAGUGCUAACCCUUUGCACGCCACGCUUUUCGUGCGCGUCGUGUCAUUGUAAACGUGGUUGGAAUGCACGAAUAUUGGCUGUAGGGUGCCCGUCAGUUGACAUAUUUAGCGGCCAAGGGGUUAAAGGCGGGCUUGCAUGCCAGGAAAGAAUAAUAGAUCGCAGAAGCGAUUGAACCUCGCGAUUUAGUCGCAGUAAUAAAUUUUUAGAGAAAGUAAUAUAUGGGCCGUUUGAAUUAAAGUUUAGGGUAAGUUCUGGUUGUUCAAAUUCCUCGUACUGAUAUAAAACCAAAUAUUAAAUGUGUAUUAUUUAUCCUUUUCUAGUAUUAGGUGGACUUGCCACUGUGGAUUUAUAAUGUUGUUUUAAUUUCAAUAGUUACAGAAUUCCGUUUUGAACUUUAAUUGCAUUGAAAUAGAGUUCAAGUGACAAAAAAUGCUUACUUAUAAAAAUAACUGUUCUAAAUAUGAACAUAUACUGCAAAACGUAAUUCAAGACCAAAAAAAGUAAGAAAUGUUGCCACUUUUUUACUAGCGCGUCUUGUAUUUAUGUACAAAUAAAUAAAUAAAAGUACUUUUUUAAAUAGUAGGAGUAAAAUUACUAAUGAAUAAAAUUAUCUUAGCGUGAUUAUUUAUCAAAAGGAAUUUACAAUUUUACAAACAAAUUAUUGCAAUGGCAACAUUGUCUCACUUUUUUUGGUCUUGAAUUAAGUUUUACGGUAUAGAUCAUUUCAUUUCUUGCCAUAAAUAUCUAGACACGCGGCAGCGUGUCAAGCCAAGUUCAAGCAAAGGAACUGGUAGGUAUUAUUCUCGGAUUAUUUGGCAGCCCAUGAAACUUGGAACAGCAGUUGACAAUUUGUCAUUCAAAUAACAUAAAAUAAUGAGUUAUACAACAUCCUGUAUGUUUAAAAAAUAUUGUAUCUCCACAGUAGGUAAGUUGUUCGACGUAGGUUAAAAUGUAUUUAAUGUGAUGGAAAAAAAACAUGAAAUAUUGAAAAAAAAAAAUAGGGAUUACCUAUAUAAAAAAAUCUCUAUAACGAUUUGUAUAGCGUUUUUAAGCCUGUGAUUUUCGACCAGGAACACUUUUUGUUUGUUACACUUUUUAAUCGGUGUUAUUCUAACUACUUUGUGCACCAUUCACAUAAUUAGUCUAUAUGCCAGUGAUAAGAAAAUACUUAGGAUGUCAUUCAGAGAAGGAUCCACCCCACAAGGAUUGGUCAAAAAAUUGGACCAUCUCUAAAAUAAGAUUUUUGGAAUCUUUAUGCUGAAUCAAUGCUCUAAGUAGUCUUAAGUAAUCCUGUCGCAAUGGGAAUACUUUAGAAUCUAAGCCUGUAAACCUGGUUUAUAAACAACAAUGUUUAUAGUAAAUAGGUACAGUCAGCAGCAGAAGUUGCUAAGCGGGCGAGGUGUUCAAAAUGAUCUUGACGCGACUUUAUUGUUAAGAAAAUAAGAGCGUGUCAAGGUAAUUUUCAACACCUCGCCCACUUAGCAACUUCUGCUGCUGACUGUACAUGGCUUUAGCAAACCAGUAUGACCAUAGGUACAGUGACCAAGCAACGUAUUAUAGUUCGUUUUUUAACUUUAGAAAUAAGGUAAACAAUCAUGAUGUCUUUUAAUUGUAAACCACGUUUUAAAAAUAACGGCAAAUAUUAUGUAAUAAUUAUGAAUCUAAUACGAUCAUUUAUAUUCUUCUGCUUUCGCAAGUAAUAGUUAAGUACUGAUUUUUAAAAAACGUUUUUCAAUUAAAAGAAAAAUCAAGAUCGCUUACCUUCUUUCUAAUGCUAAAAAAACGAACUAUAGGAGCAAGUGAGGAUAUUUUUGGACACCCUUUCCUGAUCAAUGAUGAUUUGAUGACGAAAUGUGCUGAUACCUAUUUAUUAUUCCUCAUGUUAAACUUAGGCAUGGAAACGUUAAUGUAAAUUUUGUAAUCAUUGCUUAGUUACUUUUUUGCCCGGUAAGUUUUCAGUGUGUAAAUAAUGGAUAGUUUUUUGUAUAGCGGGUAUAUACUAUACUGAGUAAUUGAGUAUAGCCACAAGUUUUGUUACAAAGUUAGAUGGUCCAUAUCCUUUAAGAAUUUGCAUUGAAUAUUGCUGAUUAAGCAUUAGUUCUUUGAUUUGGCAGUAAAAUCCUUUCAUACUGCCAAAUCAAAGAACUAAUACUUAAGGAUAUGGACAUGGAUAAGUUCUUAUAUGGGAUAUGGAGUGAAAUGACAAGCCUACGUAAGUUUCAACAAUAGCGAAUAUUCGCGAAACUCUGCGUAGGGGGCGGUGGCUACCACAACACAUCAUAAUCUGGGGGUCUACCGCGAAACAAGAAAAUCGAACUGUCGUAAUCUAACCUCUCUAUCACUUUUGCAUAUUCGAGCGAAAAAGAGGCAGAUAACUAAAAAAAAUUUCGAUUUUCGCGUUUGCCGGUAGGCCCUUGUUAACAAACCGUUUGUCUGUGAAAACUUGUCAAAAACAGUUUAAGGCACAGUAUAUAUAAGUUACUCUAUGGUUUACCUACUGGCGCUAGUGCUGCACUCUGGCGGCAGAACAUUGCAGUAAUAGCCCCUAUUGGUGAAAACAUCCCCGAAUGAAGUAUACACACCAGUUACUUAUAAAGCCAGUUAUUUGUUAAAGAUAGAAAAGGAUAAAAUCUAAAUUGUAAAUUAAAAUUGUAUAUGUAGUAAGUAUUUAAUUAAGGCUUUUUAGCAAUUUUCGGUGAAAUAAUAUUUUAGAUUUAUUGGUGCAUAAUGUGUUGGCAUACUCAGCACUAAAAUUGUAUAAAGUUUUAUUAACAUGGAUACAAAGAUGAGCAUUUUGUAAUUAAGAUUUAUGUGUAUUUAUUUGAUAUUACAGCAGGCAUAGCGGAUCGUUAGUACUGUGAUAUUCCAUGGUUUGUUUAAUUUUGAGCUAACAAUAAAUUUUUAAAACAUAA